CUGGAUCCCUCCUUCAGCCUCAGCCUCACCCUGUUGCAGCCAGAAUGGCUGUUCCUAAACGCAAAGAUGCCCGCAUCCCUCCUGUGCCUCGGCCCUUCAGGGGCUCUCACAAACCUCUGGAUAAGUAAGAUUGGCUCGAAGUUCGAAGCCUCCCACCAUCUGUCUCUAGCUUACUCACCUCCUGGUCUCACCCCUUUUCCCUCUUACUUGGCCAGCCCGGGCCACUCUUCCUUCCACUCUCGCCACGCUCCUCGCUGUUUCUUCGGUCUAGACUGUCCUCCUAGGGAAUGAUGUUCUCUGGGUACACAGGGAUCAGUGGCACUCGUAAGGGGCCCCUCUGGGACGUGCCGCUGGGUUGAGGGCCGGUGCUUCCCGAGGCGGCCGCCAGGGGGCGGCAGGAGCGGCUCCAGAUGACAGCAGGAGGCCGUAAGUGGGGGAGGGAGGGAAGGACGGAGGGAGCGCGGAUCCCGGCUCUCCUGAUCGCAAACUCGGAGCCAGAGCUCUCCGCGCGCGCCCCAGCCGCUGGCCGCCCGCGCAGCCGGACGCGGAACCCCGGCGCAGCGGGAGCCUUGCAGGACGGGCGCGGGGCGGCGGCGGCGGCCGUCCAUGCGGCGGGCUCGGGGCUGCCCGGCGCCGGGAACCACGCGGGGGCCAGGCAAGGCUGCCACUGGCCGCACCGGGACUCGGACCGCCAGGAGGUGAACAUCACCCCCAUCUGCAGAAAAUUGGCAGCAUCUCUGAGGAGCCCUUGCUUUUUCCUGGGACACUCAGGAUCAUGGUUUCCUGUUUCAUGGAGUCCUUCAGUGUCCUGGGUUCCCUCCUGCUGCUUGGACUCCAGCUUGUCUGCCCGCAGCCCUCCACGGAACACAGAAAGGUCCCGCAGCGGAUGGCUGUGGCCGAGGGCGCCCCGGAGGACGGCGGUGGCGGCGCCCCGGGCGUGUGGGGCUCCUGGGGCCCCUGGUCCGCCUGCUCGCGCAGCUGCAGCGGCGGCGUGAUGGAGCAGACGCGGCCCUGCCUGCCCAGCUCGUACCGCGCACGCGGGGGACCACGGCCUGGAGCCCCCGCGCGCGCCUUCACGGGCCACGUGGUGUCAGCCGUUCGCACAUCGGUGCCGCUGCACCGGAGCCGCGAGGAGACACGCGCCCCUGCCGACCUCAACUCUAGUCGCCAGGGCCCGGCGCUGCGAGGCAGCCGACACCCGCAGGCCCGGGGCCGCGAACCCACGGCGGAGAGAAGGAGCAGGACCCGAGGUCCCAUCGGCCCUGGCAAGUAUGGUUAUGGGAAAGCCCCGUACAUCUUACCAUUGCAGACAGACUCUGCACACCCACCGCAGAGGCUUCGGCGGCAGAGGCCCUCAUCCCGGAAUUCCAGGUCCCAGGGGGCAUCUGGCUCUAGCCAUGACUACCACCCUUCAGCUCACCAGCGCCCCCAGCAUGGACCUCUGUACCAGAGUGACAGUGGCCCGCGUUCUGGACUGCAAGCCUCAGAGGGCUCUGUCUACCAGCUGCCUUUGACCCAUGACCAAGGCUUCCCUGCAGCCUCCAGUCUCUUCCACAGCCCAGAAGCAAGCAGCAGCCCUGGGCUGGGGCCCCCCAGGGCAGCUCAGAGCUUCUCCCAGCCCACCAGAUCUACAGCCAUCUCCUGCAUCGGGGCCUACCGGCAGUACAAGCUGUGCAACACGAACGUGUGUCCAGAAAGCAGUAGAAGUAUCUGGGAGGUACAGUGUGCAUCCUACAACAACAAGCCGUUCAUGGGCCGGUUUUAUGAAUGGGAACCAUUUGCAGAAGUCAAGGGCAAUCGGAAGUGUGAGCUGAACUGCCAGGCAAUGGGCUACCGCUUCUAUGUUCGGCAAGCUGAGAAGGUCAUUGAUGGUACCCCCUGUGACCAGAACGGGACGGCCAUCUGCGUGUCUGGGCAGUGCAAGAGCAUUGGCUGUGAUGACUACCUAGGCUCCGACAAAGUUGUGGACAAAUGCGGGGUGUGCGGAGGCGAUAACACAGGCUGCCAGGUUGUGUCGGGUGUGUUUAAGCAUGCCCUCACCAGCCUGGGCUACCACCGAGUUGUGGAGAUUCCCCAAGGAGCCACAAAAAUCAACAUCACCGAGAUGUACAAGAGCAACAACUAUUUGGCCUUGCGAAGUCGUUCUGGCCGCUCCAUCAUCAAUGGGAACUGGGCAAUUGACCGGCCUGGAAAAUACGAGGGCGGAGGGACCAUGUUCACAUACAAGCGUCCAAAUGAGAUUUCGAGCACUGCUGGAGAGUCCUUUUUGGCCGAAGGUCCCACUAAUGAGAUCUUGGAUGUCUAUAUGAUACACCAGCAGCCUAACCCAGGAGUCCACUACGAGUACGUUAUCAUGGGGAACAACGCCAUCAGCCCACAGGUGCCACCUCACAGGAGGCCAGGGGAGCCCGUCAAUGGCCAGCUGGUACCAGAAGGGAGGAGCCAGCAGGAGGGAAAAGAGAAAGAGGGGGACCAGGAGAAGGCAGACGCGCGCAGCGGGACACCUGAAAUGUUCACGUUGGAAUCAGCACAGACCUUCCCGGUCAGGCAGCCAGACAGAUUCUCUCUCCACCGGCCAGACAGUGUGGUGCCACCAGCUCCGCAGCCCCCUCGGCAGAGCCGGGAUCACAACUGGAAGCAGCUGGGGACCACAGAGUGCUCGACAACCUGCGGGAAAGGAUCACAGUACCCUAUUUUUCGCUGUGUGCACAGAAACACUCAUGAAGAGGUUCCUGAGAGCUACUGUGACUUGGCCAUGAAGCCGACCCCUGAGGAGGAGCCCUGCAACAUCUUCCCUUGCCCAGCCUUCUGGGACAUCGGGGAGUGGUCCGAGUGCAGCAAGACCUGCGGCCUGGGCAUGCAGCACCGCCAGGUCCUGUGUCGCCAGGUGUACGCCAACCGCAGCCUGACGGUGCAGCCCUACCGCUGCCAGCACCUGGAGAAGCCCGAGACCACCAGCACCUGCCAGCUCAAGAUCUGCAGCGAGUGGCAGAUCCGGACCGACUGGACCUCGUGUUCGGUGCCUUGUGGAGUGGGACAGAGGACCCGGGACGUGAAGUGUGUGAGCAACAUCGGGGACGUGGUCGACGACGAGGAAUGCAACAUGAAGCUCCGGCCCAAUGACAUUGAGAACUGCGACAUGGGGCCCUGCGCCAAAAGCUGGUUCCUGACCGAGUGGAGCGAGCGGUGCUCAGCGGAGUGCGGGGCUGGAGUGCGGACGCGCUCGGUGGUGUGCAUGACCAACCACGUCAGCAGCCUGCCCCUGGAGGGCUGUGGGAGCAACCGGCCAGCGGAGGCCACCCCGUGUGACAACGGGCCCUGCACGGGCAAGGUGGAGUGGUUUGCAGGGAGCUGGAGUCAGUGUUCCAUCGAGUGUGGGAGUGGGACCCAGCAGAGGGAGGUGAUCUGUGUUAGGAAGAACACGGACGCCUUUGAAGUGCUGGACCCCUAUGAAUGUUCCUUUCUGGAGAAACCCCCCAGCCAGCAACCCUGCCACCUCAAGCCCUGUGGGGCCAAAUGGUUUCACACAGAAUGGAGCAUGUGUUCCAAGAGCUGUCAGGGCGGCUUCCGCGUCCGAGAAGUGCGUUGUCUGGCAGAUGACAUGACCCUAAGUAAUCUCUGUGACCCUCAGUUGAAACCAGAAGAAAAAGAAUCUUGUAACCCUCAGGACUGUGUCCCUGAAGUUGAUGAAAACUGCAAGGACCGGUACUAUAACUGCAACGUGGUGGUCCAGGCCAGGCUGUGCGUCUACAACUACUACAAGACCGCCUGCUGCGCCUCCUGCACGCGCGUGGCCAACAGGCACUCGGGCUUCCCAGGGAGCAGAUAACAUCCCACUCCACAUCUGUGGGCAGGUCAGGGAGUCUGUGAGCAGUGGGACCCGCUGGCUGCUGCCCUGCCGGGGGCUCCCUGGCCUGUGGAGCUGCCAGUCAAGUUAGUCCGCACCCUGCCUUCGUAAAGUGUACACACGGUGCCCAAGAGCAAGGCCACGGUUGUCCUUUGAGCAUCACCAUGAACAGAUGACCCCUCCCCCAGAAGCCUGGCCCCUGCGCUCUCUGCAGACCAAGCGGUGGGGAGUGCCUUCAGCUCUCAGCUGACUCCGUCCUGGCACUUUCUAAGUCAGCAGCCGGGCUCUGUCUGGGCACUGCCUCGUCCCUGGCGCUGCAGGCCUUUCCAGUAUCAGCGCCCCAGGAAGAGUCAGAGGAGGCAGCACCCCCACCCCAGGGCCCCCCUAAGGCUUGCCAAGAUGCCUGCGUAUCUCUGUUACCUCAGCCCGGCUGUGCCUAUUUUCAUGCUCAAAGACCUUAGGCUGUUUUCCUGCCUUAUGACACAAAUAUCUCUUGCCAAUGUAGCGCUUUAUUGUUUGGACGGUAUAGUCAGAGAUGUUAGCUCACUGUGGCUCAUGGUGCCCCAGAAUGAGAGGCAGGGAAUGAAUCAUGGUCCCUGUUUUACUGACAAGAAAACUGAGACUCAGCGUAGGUAACUGACCUGCCAGGUAUGAGGUCACGUGUCCCAACCCCUGUGGUCUGACCACAAAACCCUCACCCUGAGGCCUGGCCGGAAGUCUGAGGUCUGCAAAAUGUGGCUUCCUUUCAGACCUAGAGGCUCAGAAGUUUCCCAUUCAGCAAACAAAGCCCAGACCUUUGAAUUCUCUCCUCUGGCCCUGCACUCACUUGUUUCAGGCAUCUGUUUCUUUUUUCCCUUUCCCCACAAAAUCACAGGUCCAGGUGACAGGACUCUGCAUGGGUUCUUGAACCCCAUCCUUAACAGAACUAGCCCAUGAGAUAAGAAAGCCAUGGGGGUAGCAAGGUGAUUGUCUUAAAUUAUUAUUCUUCUCCCCACUGGGACACACCCAGAGCAGAUUUCCAGAGCACACAGCUCCAUAGCCCCCUGGGCUCUUGCCCCUUCCUCAGCCAUCUCUCAACCAACCAACCUAUCCCAGUAGGAAUCCUAUGUUUAUAUUAGAAAGAGUCUCCCUUGGGUCUUUCUGCUUUGAUUUGUGGGUUUCUCUUUGCAUCCUGCCCACUCCCCCACACACACCUUGCCCCAUGACUCACAACCCAUAUCUCCCCUCCAAGGUAUGGGCACUAAGAUCUUUAAUAAUGCAAUCAGCCUGGGAAAAGGGGCUGUGAACUCCUCCACAAUGGCCACAGCAGAAGGGUCCUUCUUGAUUCACUUCACAUAACUCUGUAGUUCCCAAGGCCUCAGGCUGGAAAGAGAAUGUAGUACAUAUGGAAGAUGAGCCAUCUGAAAAAAAUCAGUGAAGAAAAAGAAGGGGGGAAAUAUAUAUAUAUAUAUAUAUUUGUAUAUUCUUACACCCACUAAGAAAAAGAAUCAGGCUGAACAAAUUGGAAGCAUGAAGAAAAUUUGUCUUAUUUAGUGCUAUGGUCCUGGCCCUAUUUCCUAUUCAAAGCAAGAGUUUGCUUUGAGAUUUAUAGCAACUGAGUUUCUCCCAUGAGCCCUUUAACCCAAAAAUCUGCUAAUUUGAUGAUGAUGUGCUUUUGGAAGCAGUAUUACCAGCUCAGUCUGACACACUCCAUCACGCUCCCAUUACCCUUGGGCUUUCACAAAUUCUAUUUGGCCUUACUAUAAGUGUCUUUCUCUUUCUGGAAAGCCCCAGUCACCAUUUUCCAAAAGCACACCCAUCUCUCCUGAUCCUUAUAUAACUUGCGCAAUAAGCGACAGGGCAGAGGCCCAGAUUCCCGUGCCCACCAAUCAAAAGCAGACCAGAGAGGCCAAGCAUAUGGCUGAUUCCUAGCCAGCACUCACUCUCUCUGUUUCAUCAUUUGCCUUUGCUUCUCGUCCCAGGGGAGGGUAUCCUUUCUGCAGCUGCGCUCUGAUCUUCCUGAACAACCCAGUCCUUUGGAGGAUUCCUUGGAGGAGGGUUUCUUUACAUGCUGGGGGGCAGAGCAAGAUCAAUGGGUGGAAGAGCAGAAAGGCUGAUUUCAGCUUAAAUGAAGGGAAAACCUUCUAGCCAUCCAGGCUGCCCAACACAGCAGAGGUAUGGCUGCCAUAUGAGUGAGUUCACCAGCUUAAAAGGGCUUUCUCCAAUAAGUGGGAGGUGAGCAUCCCAGGUUCUUCCAACUCAGGAUUCUCACGACUGGCCUGGGGCUUUGUCUCUUUGACGUCCAACAGUGUCCCCGGACUCCUAAAUCUUACCAACAGUGCUUUAAAGCAUCAGGGAUGCUCCCAUGAGAAUGGCCAUCCUGCCAGGUGUGAAACUGGGUAGGAGCAAAUGAAUCAACACCAGGUCUUCGGGGAAAGAAGUACUGAAACUAAGCAUCUUUUUUUUUCUCUUGCAACAAAUAGUUGAGCUAGUCUUAGAAUUCAUUUGUCUGGAAAGGGCAUUUGUUACUAGAUUAGGGGGUUUAUCAACCUGUUUUAAAAACUCAGUUUUUACUAAUUUCCUACUUUCUUAUAUCAGCAUCUAAAUGCCUCUGUUUCUAGCACAACACACAUGAUAAUGUCCAGUAACAUUUCCAGUGACAGCGCUCCUUGCUCCUUCCAGAGGUGCCUCUUUCCCAUUUUCUUGGCCCCCUUGUCUUACCCUCUCCUUCCCACGAUCCUCCAUCUCCCAUCUCCUUCUCAGUCUGUUCCCAUAACUGGCCGUGAUGCAGAACUGAAAUUUACAUUUUAAUACUCUUUUUUUUUUUCUGCAAACCAAAUUGCAUCAGUCCCUGCUCUGCAUUUUAAAAUUAGAUGAAUUUAAGUUCUGUGCUUUUCUCACCAAAAAAAAUCAAGAAAGCUCCAAACGGAAAUAGUUUGCUUUUUUUUUUUUUUUUUGUACUAUCACUUAUUGGAAAAGGAAAGCGUGCCCCUUGCAAAGGGCGAAGGCUAUUCAGUGUAGCCCAUCCUUCCCAUUCUCACGUUUCUCCCCCUAGAAAAGGAGCAAUGUAAGAAAUAUGGCACUGAAACAAAAAAGCUUGCAAACCCAGCUACCAGAUAGAGCUGGUUCAGUUCGUGAAGGGCGUGUUCACUGCCUGCUGCUUGCACGCUGGUGGGGAACCCAGGUGAGCACAGCCCGCGUGACGGCAGCGCUCAGAACUGUCCCCGUCUGUCCCUUUGCCUUGCUUCUCUGGCCCACGGCUGUUGGGGUAGUUACCAUUUACUCACCCCCAAAGGGUCUAGCUUUCAUCAUUCCUUCCUUUAAAAAAGAAUGGCUUUCCAGAGGGACGAAAAUGAGGGGCACCGUCUCCAUUUGUUGUCAAGUUGUGUGGCCGAGAGAGAAACCCAGAUGUUACUAAGGCCUUGCUAAACCUGUGGCUGUCUUUUUUCUAAUUUUAACAUCCAUUUUCUAAUAUCAAAGACACACAUGUAAGUGGCAGAAAGAAAUAUGAUUUCCCUCAAAACAGAUUGACUCAUCAAACCAGAGGGAACCUCUGUCCGCCUGGCAGGUGGAGACGAACGCUGCACCCUUGCCGUAUGCUACGUUGUUAGUGUGACUUAGAUGGGAAAUUAGACAACUUCCUAAUGAAAGUGGUGGAUGCCAAGAAGUUGGAGCGGUAACAGGUAAAUGACAAGUUGUAGGGCUAAAAAUGUCUGAGAGACUAAAAUAAAACCUAGAUCUUCAAAAUUCACUGGGAAGCAACAUAAAGUCCCACCUUUGGAUUUCAAAACAAAACAAAACUAUAGAAGUACAAUGUGGGGAGCAGGUAAGAGUUUCAAUUGGCUGAGCUCAAUGCAGGUCAAGAAAGUGGGAUGAAACUACCGCCCCCCCCAAAAAAAUACACAAAAAAAACCCCAAAAUAAACAAAAAGCCACAGAGCAUUCAGGCACAAGGAGAAAACAUUUGGUGAACUCUAUUUGUGAUUGCCAUAAACUUUAAGAAGAAUGCUGAUAACAUAUAACAUUCAGAUGAGCAUGGCUGAUCCUGUGGCGGGAUGCAGACUGUGAGAAGCGGUGCAAGGACUUCAUGAGGAGGUUUAGGCUGGAGGAGAGAUUUGGGGAGCACCAGGAGAGCCAUCCUAGGAGGUGAGCGCUGCAGGGAGGCAGAUUUUAGCUCUUGCAAGAGAACCUCCUUUCUGCACAUGAGCACCUUCUGAAGGUUGAGGGCACCAUGGUAGGUACUGCUGACUGACCCAUUCCUGGAGGUCUCAGCAGAGUCUUAAUGGCCCUCCGUGAUGGAGGCUGAAGGGGGUGGGGGGGAUCCAAGCACCUACCUGGGGUAACAGGACUUUUAAGAUUCCUUCCAGUCUGGACUUUGGUGACUCUGUAAGUAGAACAGCUUUAAGUGAUUCACCUGGUCUGGGAUGGCAAGUACACAGCACAGGUACUUCCUGUUGCUAUGACUACCAUUCUAAACCCAGUGUUGCAUUCCUCCCAAGAGCUGAAUGUGACCUCAGAGAACCACUAGCCAACUGAUCAGAGCUGCCCUAUGUGGUCCUGUUUUGAGAAUGACUAAUCAAACGUCCUGAAGGCUAGUUCCCUGCAUAGGGUCACACACCUUGAUGGAGGCAGUGCCUCGACUAGACAAGUACCCUCUAAAUACCAUCUCUGUCUCAACUCACUUUGCUUUCCUGCAUCUUUGCUGGAGCUACAUCAUUCUCCCCACCCUGCACCACACUCCUGGUUCUUUCUCUUCAGUGGCUGACAGUGGGAGACAACCGUCGUGACGAGGAAAAGUGACCCUGUGGGCUGGGACCCUCCAGAUGGCUUUCUCAGCGUCUUCUAGACGUUGAACCCUUUGCUUCAGUGAAAGGAAAGCCGUUCUGUUACAUAAACUUGAUUUCCACCUGCCUUGACCCCCAGACCCCCACCAGUCAGUUUGACGGAAGGAUAUACUUUGUUAUAACUUAUUAUUUUGUUCUUUGUAAAUACAAGAUGUUUAUAGGAAAUGUGUAUUCUGAACUCGACCCGCGGAAUGAGUCACUACACCAAAAUAGUUCUAUUAUUUAGAAUAUGUUAAUUUUAAAGGGACCUAAUAGGUAUUUAUUUACAUAUUCAAUCCACAUUUAUGUAAAAUUAUUUGAUCCUACUAACCCAGCUUCCCCAGAAAGUUGCUGCACAUGGCAUCUUAUUCUAAGUCCAUGGGUACACUUAAGUAUACUGAUUAGCCAAGUUCCUUGGGUUUUAAGAUCAAAUAGAAAUUACUCUAUUUUUUGACUCAUUCAGGGGCUUUUUACCCCUGGGAUUGUACCUGAAAACAGGUCUGUCUGGAUUGCCACCUUUCCACCUUAAAUAUCAUAUUUGCUCAUAUAAUCUGCCCUCUCCUCACCCUCAGAUAUUUGGAGAAGGAAAUACAGGGGUCUUUUUCAACCCUUCUCUUUGUCUUGCCUCAUUCACCAGAAUCACCAGCAGUAAGUGGCUCAGGGGGCUGACUUGGAGCUGGGAAGGGGGCAGGGUCCCCUGGCAGGGGCAAGGAGGGGUAUACAGGAGCUGAUGCGCUCACUGCUCUGACCACUCCUCCAGGGUCCCCGCUGGUGACUGCGGAGGGGGGCUCCGGGUGGUCAACUCCGCAGCCAGGAGCAUGGAGCCCACAGAAUGCUCCAUCAACCCCAUGUCACCCUUGGGUGUCAAUUAUUGCUUACAGAGGUGGAGGGUAGAAGGUAAAUUAUAUGAGUAAACAAUCUGCUUUCUCUUCAGCAAAAAUGACAACUAUUUUUGUGUAUGACUAAUUUAUUUUUAUUAUUGUAAAAAUACAAUAAACUGGUGUUAAAAAUCA